AUGGGAUGCGGAUUUGGUGGACUGGGAAUGUUUGGUGGAUAUGGUGGCCUAGGAGGAUAUGGAGCAUACGGCGGAUAUGGUGGAUACGGCUUGGGUUAUGGCGGCUACGGAGGAUUCGGUGGAUAUGGGUGGACAGACCGAAAAUCAAUCCCUGAUGAGGGCAAAAUCGCUUUUAAAACAAAACACAUUGAAAGUUUCCAAUUGGAUCUUUUCCAGGCCUGGGCGGAUGUGGCGGAGGAUGUGGAUUUGGCAAAUAACAAAUGA